UCUGUUUAGUGUGGCGGUCGCUCCUCAGUGGCUGCAGGUGCUCUUGUGUGUGUGCCCUUGAUAGCGCAUUAUAUACUGAUGUGUUUACUGCGCCUGACGACUCGUUAAACUAAGCUGAGUAACAGGAGGAGAAGAGUCUGGUGGAGCAGCAGAGGAACAGUUUCAGCCAUUUGGACUCAGCUCAGCCACUACAGAGGAAACAAUGACUUCAACACAGGAGGACCAACAUGGAGCGAGAAGUCAGCGCUCUCAGGAGGCCGACAAACCUCACAGAAGAAAGGGAGAGAAAAAAUACAGCUGUGAUGAGUGUGGGAAGGAUUUUACCCAGGCUGGAAACUUAAAAACACACCAACUCAUCCACAGUGCAGUUAAACCCUACAACUGUGAGUUGUGUGGAAAGUCUUUUACCUCGGCUGGACACUUAAAAAGACACCAACUCAUCCACAGUGCAGUUAAACCCUACAGCUGUGACUUCUGUGGAAAGUCUUUCACUCGGCCGCUAAGCUUAAAAAACCACCAACUCAUCCACAUUGGACUUAAACUGUACACCUGUGAUCAGUGUGGAAAGUCUUUUACCCAGCCUGGACACUUAAAAACACACAAACUCACCCACAGUGGGGUUAAACCAUACAGCUGUGAUCAGUGUGAAAAGUCUUUUACCCUUCCCGGACAAUUGAAGAGACACCAAUUUAUCCAUAAUGCUGUUAAACCAUACGGCUGUGAUCAGUGUGAAAAGUCUUUUGCUGAGCCUGGACAAUUAAAGAGACACCAACUCAUCCAUAGUGGAGUUAAACCAUACAGCUGUGAUCAGUGUGGAAAGUCCUUUAAUCAGUCUGGACACUUAAAAACACACCAACUCAUCCACAGUGGAGUUAAAGCGUACAGCUGUAAAUUGUGUGGAAAGUGUUUUAGCGAGCCUGGAAGCUUAAAAAGACACCAUCUUUCCCACACUCAAGUUAAACCGUACCGCUGUGACUUGUGUGGAAAGUCUUUUAUUCAGCGUGGACAAUUAAAAACCCAUCAGUUCAUCCACAUUGGAGUUAAAUCGUACAAUUGUGACUUGUGUGGAAAGUCUUUUUUUGAGCCUAGACACUUAAAAAGGCACCAGGUCAUCCACAGUAGAGUUAAAGCAUACAGCUGUUAUCAUUGUGACAAGGCUUUUUCUUAUCGUAGCAAGUUAAAGAAGCAUCAAAUUAUCCACUCUGGGAUUAAGGCAUAUAGCUGUGACAUUUGUGGUAAAACCUUUAGUUUUAAAAGUUACCUAAAUAGACACCUACGCAUUCACACUGGACACACUGAUGUUUACUGCUGUGAUCAGUGUGGCAAAACUUUUAAAACAGCCACACACUUACAAUACCACAUGUUUAGCCACACUGAGGAGAGACUUUAUAAAUGUGACCUGUGUGAUAAAACCUUUAAAGCUCCACGGUACCUGAGAGUCCACCAACAGAUUCACACCAGAGAGAAACGCUACAAGUGCAGUUACUGUGAGAAGCAGAGUGACACAGAUGGAUCCAGUUCUCAACCUUGUCGUCACUGUGGUGGUGGGAAAAUGUUUCGCUGUGACCUUUGUGGAAAAACUUUCAAUCAUCAAGAGUGCCUAACAAGACAUCAACGUAGACACACUGGAGACAAAAUGAACUACUGCAAAGAAUGUGGGAAAGGCUUCACCACUCCAAGUACAUUAAAAAAACAUGAACUCAUUCACAGUGGGGUUAAAGACCACCUCUGUGACCAAUGUGGGUCAUCCUUUACUAGUGCAGGUCAGCUUAAAGGGCAUAUACGAAUCCACACAGGAGAGAAACCAUACAAGUGCGGACACUGUGACAAAAGCUUCUCACAUUCAAAUAGUCGUAACCUUCAUGAACGUACACACAUUAGAGGGAACUUCAGGAAUGUCAGUUCAUACUCUGAACACAAGCGAUCCCACUCUGUAAAUAAAUCGUUUCACUGUUACCAAUGUGCAAAAACAUUCACAAAACAUUCUGCUCUUUGCAAACAUCAGUGUGAGCAUGCAGAACUGAAAUCCCCGGAUCACAAUGAAUCUGCAGAGACAGAAAGAUCCUCUUCUGGUUUCAGGGUCAGACUUAAAAAACUUGAGAUCAGGCUCCACAGAGUUCAGCUGGAGUCUCCUGUAAAGAGUGUCAGCUGAUGUCACCCUUGGAUCUGAUGAGCUAGCUCUGAUUUCUGGGCCUACAGUGAAUAAUCCCGAAUGUUAAAUUUAAGAAGCUGCAAGUAUAGAUAUGUAGAUCAAAAUUUUUUCUGAAAUGAAUUUUGAUGCUCUAAAAAUGUUUUAUUUUAUUGUGAAAAAAUCUUUUCCCCUUUAGGAGUUGUAUUAUUAGGGAUGCAACGAUACCAAUUUUUUUCAAACCGAUACGAUACCGAUACUUGGAUCUGAGUACUU